GCGUCUCUUCCGGUCCUGACUGAACCUCGACCUCUCCUUUUCCCUGUGCCGUCAGCCGACCACAACGUGUCGACAAAAUGGCACUUUAUAAUUUCAAGAAGAUUAUGGUGGUUCCCACCGCUAAGGAUUUCAUCGACAUCACUUUAUCCAAAACACAAAGGAAGACGCCCACAGUGAUACACAAACACUACCAGAUCCACAGAAUCCGACAUUUUUACAUGCGAAAGGUGAAGUUCACCCAGCAGAACUACCAUGACCGGCUCACUCAGAUCCUCACUGACUUCCCUAAGCUGGAUGACAUCCAUCCUUUCUACGCUGAUCUCAUGAACGUGUUGUAUGACAAAGACCAUUAUAAGUUGGCGUUGGGGCAGAUAAACAUCGCCAAGAAUCUGAUCGAUAAUGUUGCCAAAGAUUAUGUGCGACUGAUGAAGUAUGGAGACUCUCUGUAUCGGUGUAAACAGCUGAAGAGAGCCGCUCUGGGUCGAAUGUGCACCAUCCUGAAACGACAGAAGUCCAGUCUGGAGUAUCUGGAACAAGUGCGUCAACAUCUGUCCCGUUUGCCGACCAUUGACCCCAACACCAGGACCCUGCUCCUGUGUGGUUACCCUAACGUUGGAAAGUCCAGCUUCAUUAACAAGGUGACCAGAGCAGACGUGGAUGUGCAGCCCUACGCUUUCACCACCAAGUCUCUGUUUGUGGGUCACAUGGACUACAGAUACCUGCGCUGGCAGGUGGUGGACACCCCGGGGAUCCUUGACCACCCUCUGGAGGAGAGGAACACCAUCGAGAUGCAGGCCAUCACAGCUCUAGCUCACCUGCGAGCCGCCGUCCUUUACGUCAUGGACGUCUCUGAGCAGUGUGGUCACACCUUGCAGGAGCAGCUGGAGCUCUUCAACAACAUCCGCCCACUGUUCGCCAACAAGCCUCUCAUCAUCGUUGCCAACAAGUGUGACGUGAAGAAGAUCAGUGAGCUGUCAGAGGAGAACCAGAAAAUCUUUGCGGAUCUUUCUGCUGAAGGAAUCUCUGUGAUCGAGACCAGCACCCUGACCGAGGAGGGCGUCAUGCAGGUGAAAACUGAGGCCUGUGACCGACUCCUCGCCAAUCGAGUCGAGACAAAGAUGAAGGGCAAGAAGGUCCAUGAUGUUUUGAACCGGCUCCACCUGGCCGUGCCGGUCAAAAGAGAUGAGAAGGAGAGACCCCCCUUCAUCCCUGAGGGAGCCCCGAUGCGCAGGAAAGCCAUGGAGGUGGAUGCACCCAAACGAAAACUGGAGAGAGAUUUGGAGAUGGAGCUUGGCGACGACUACAUUCUGGACCUACAGAAAUACUGGGAUCUGAUGAACGAGGAGGAAAAGCAGGAUAAGAUCCCAGAAGUGUGGGAGGGCCACAACAUCGCAGAUUACAUCGAUCCUGACAUCAUGAAGAAACUCGAAGCUCUAGAGAAGGAGGAGGAGCUUAGGGAGCGCGCCGGAGAGUACGACUCAGACGACGAGAGCGAGGACGAAGAGAUGCAGGAGAUCCGUGUUCUGGCCAAGCAGAUCCGGGAGAAGAAGCAGCUCCUGGUCAUGGAGUCACGAGAGAAGGACAUACACGGACCUCGCAUGCCCAGGACUGCUACCAAGGUUGAGAGAAAGAAGCUGGAGAAGGAGAUGGGCAGCCUCGGUCUGGACAUGAACGACAAAGAUGAGAGUCACUAUGCCCAACAAGCCCGGCGGUCCCGAAGCGUCACAAGGAAGCGCAAGCGUGAAGCUUCAGCUCCUCCCACCUCCAAAACCCGCAGCCAGAGCGCCUCCCGCCCGCCGAGAGACCAGUCUGGUUUACGGGAUCCAAAGAUGGUGAAGAAGGCGAAGAAGAUGAUGAAGAACUCCCAGAAAGGAAUGAACCGCCAAGGCAAGAAGGGCGAGUCGGACAGACACGUGUUUGAUCUGAAACCCAAACAUCUGCUGGCCGGGAAGAGGAAGUCUGGCACCACGGAUCGCAGAUAAAACAGCAGAUUUCUGGACUGAUGAGAGAGGAUCUUUUUUGGAGAUAGUACAUGAGACUUUAUUAACCUUCCCCUAACCGUGAAAAGGAAAUAUGACAUCUUUUAAGUGUUGGAACUCGGGUCAUCAGGUCUGUUGGUGACAUUGGAGUGUCAUCUUGUGGAGUUUCACUCUGUAGAAAAAGGCAGUGCUCUUAGGAAAAUCCCUAACCUAUUUAAAUGAUCUGUAGCCCAUUAAAGCUCUCAGAGAAUAGAGACUCAGAAAGCAGAUCUGUGAUGAUCAGUGUCUUUUUUGUUCCUGCUUUUGCCAAAAUGAAACUUACACCCUCACUGUAAAGGAUAUGUGAGAGUUUAACUGAUGAGAUAGCAGUUAAGAAGUUUUAAAUCUUGGUAGACGCAGUGAAGAAAACGUUUAUGCCCUACUGUCUGUAUGUGGCUCACAGAAUACUGUCUUUGGAUAAAGUGAUGAUUAUGAUAUUUCCUCAAAAGCCUCCCUUUGACAAACAUUUAUGAAACAGGGAGAUGAAUAAAUUUACUGAACCAA